UAUAAAUCCCUUUUUUUGGUUUGAUUUCAUCUUUGUGAAUGAAAAUGUGUGUCCACACAGAGCUCAGAUCGUAAUGAACAAACCUUCAUACGAUCGGAAUAGUACAAUGGAAUAACCAGCCAGAAGUCCCAGCCUUAAUUCACUAGAGAACAUUUGGGACGAGCACAAAAGGCGUAUUCGCACCUAAACAGCUAACACCUAGCAGCAUCGCUAAGCUAGAAGUUGCCGUAGCAAAAAAAAUGGAACAACAACGCCUCCAACAUCUUGUUAAAGGAAUUGGAAGAGGCAAAGAGGAGGCAACACAAGAUAAUGACAAAACUGGCCUUCAAUUAUCAUUGUACUAAGAUAGAGCAUCUACAAACUGCAACUACUCGGUUGGUGGCUGCACUGGUUCUCAUAACAGUUAUAAAUUUGUACAUCUUCAUCAACUACCCAACUCAGAAGAGGCCACUUUCCAACAUCAACAGACCUCUUUGGAGCCAGGAUAUCAACUUUGAAACAGCUAACAUAAAAAACGACACUGGUACUCCUGAUGGCUGCUACCUCGUCCCUAAUCACAUUCACUUCAUUCGGUUCGGAAAUCCGAGGUUCACUUAUCCCGAAAUGAUAUGCGUGUUGGCCGCUUUAAAGAACCAAAAGCCAGACAAAAUAACCUUUCAUCACAAUUUCAAUGGAUCAUUUACAGGGCCCUAUUGGAGAGUUCUCAGUAAACUCAAGGCAUUCACAGAUAUCGUAGAAUUCAACUAUGAAGAAGAGCCGAAAGAGAUAUUCGGGCAACCGAUAGAUCCUGCCUUGAGAAAGUUCCACGGUUCAGAUAUAACGAGAAUAAGAAUAUUAAUGAAGUAUGGUGGGAUAUUUCUUGACAACGACUGUUACGUGAUAAAAAACCUAAACAGUUUCCGGAAGUAUGAAAUGACUCUGAACUGGGAUCAAGACCAAUACCUAGGCACACAAGUACUUCUGGCCCACAAAGACGCGAGAUUCCUGAAAAUGUGGCUGGACUCCUACAGGGGAGCGUACAGAGGAGACCUAUGGUACUACAAUGCAGGGGAACGACCCACUACGGAGAUUCUCUGGCGGAGACCAGAACUCAUCCACAGGGUGAAGGUUCAGUUCGGUGUAGACACACACUGGAUAGAGCAAGUGUUCCAGGAGUCAUGGACCGGAUGGAGACGUCUCCAUGCUCUCCAUCUGCUGAUACACCACCAGUACUUAUUGGCAAAUUUGACAGCGAAGGCAACAUUCCCAGUACAAUUCAAUCAACACAAUAUUGCUUAUUACCCCAUCACGUUCAGGGAAAUGGCUUAUGACGUUUAUGAAACAGGUAACAUACCGUGGCCAAAAGAGUACAAAGAUUAAAACGUCAUAAGAUUACUUCUAAAAACAAAUCAUAAUGUUGCACCAUACAUCAAAAUACUGUGAUCACACAUAAUUAAAAGAUAUUUAUCAAGAAAUGAUAAAGAGUGAUAAGAUUAAUCCUUAAAGGACUAUGGGGAAAUCUGUUACCGUUUUCUUUUUCGGACCUACAGGCUAAUUGAUUAACCUCAACAAUUAAUGAAAAAAAAAGGCUACAGCCCAGUUCAGCCAGUUCAUCGGCUCGUUUUAGUCCUCAUAUUUAUAUACAUUAUUCAUAUUAACUCAACUUUAGACAUUUAAGAUAUUAACUAAAGAUACCUUUAAUACAAAAUAAAAACAAAUUUCAACUUAAUUAUGAUAAUAUAUGUAUGUGUCUUAAUUAAAUCUAAAAUUUCUUGUUUUAUGUUCAGUCGAUCAAUAUUGUGCAUUAAACCAGUUUUAGAUAAAUUUUGUAAAUAAUAUCGACCUGAAUUGAACUUUAUAUUUAUAACAGGUAAGUUAUCUUCUUACACAAUAAAUUAGAAUGGUUGUAAACUAACAAAGGCAUAAAGAUAUUAUUUUUUGUAAAUCAAAGUAAACUGUAAAUAUAACCAUUUUUGUACAGAUUGUUGUUUAUUUAUUGUUGUAAAAUAUUAAAACGCAUUCAAGAGUCAAUGGGAACCAAAUAUUGAUCAAUCUUACUGAAUGUGUUCAUUCUGUGCCAGUAGUGUAGCAAGGUGAAGUCCAGGGGGUCCGGACCUCCCCGAAAUAUUAAGGCAUUAAGUACAGAGCAGGGGAAAGGAAGGAGAGUUAUUAUUCCUCUUGUCUACAAAUAUUAAAUAAUCAUACCACUGUUAAAAAUAGGUGUGUUCUUUUUUUAAUCAGUUUAACAAACGAUAAAUUAUUAAACGAUACAUUAAGCUUCUGCCGGCCAGGUAGUGUAAUGGCAGUGUCUAAAUACCUAGCCGAAUUUCGAGUGUGGACUAUCUACUACCUAGUUUGCAAGGCAGCCAUGCCUAAGACCCGUUGCCCAGCACUAGUGGAAGAUCCAUUGUUCCCCCCGUAACUGUUAAGCACGCCGGUUCGCUGUCCACCAUUACAAUUACAGCUGAAGAUUUGCUUGUGUGUAGUUGAGGUAGUGACUUCUGCAUACCGUCAGGUAAUUUAUACUUUGUAGUGACAGUAACAGGAUGAACGUUGUUUUUUUUUUUAAGGAAUCGAGUUUUGUUGUACUGAUAGAAGAAACCGCCGUUGGCACGAUUUCUAUAAGAAGAAUGCAGUACGUUUACACCAACUCUGUAUUGUUCAUCGGCUCGUGACCAAUCCAGUACUAGCAGGCCUACAGAUUCUUAAGUAAGCAUUUGCUUAACCUCUGUAGAUAUUAAUAUAGUAUGACAGUUUUAAAAGAUAAUUGUAUUUCCCAACCUUCCGUAAAUUUCAGUGAUAUUUUUAUACCAUUAGUGAAAAAAGAAAUCCAUUCCAAAAUUAUGAAUUGCAAACCAUA